GGGCCAGUGUCAUUCACGGACGUGGCCGUGGACUUCACUCAGGAGGAGUGGCAGCAGCUGGACCCUGAUGAGAAGACAACCUACAGGGAUGUGAUGCUGGAGAACUACAGCCAUCUGGUCUCCGUGGGGUACGACAGCACCAAACCAAACGUGAUCCUCAAGUUGGAGCAGGGAGAGGAGCCUUGGGUAGCAGAUGGCGAGUUUCCACGGCAAUUUCACCCAGAAGAAGUCUGGAAAGUUGAUGACCUGAUGGAGAGAGCCCAAGAAAAUAAAGACGAAUGUUCAAGGCAAGCUGUUUCUAUCAACAGCAGAACCCUGACUAAGGAGAGAGAGGUUGCAUUUGAUAAAACUUAUAACAUGGAAAUAAGCCUUGUUCCUUCAAACCUAAUGUCUCAUAAUUGUGUCUCAUGUGGAAAGACUUUGGGAUCUACUUCAGAAUUAAUUAUUAGUGAUGGAAGCUAUGCAAGAGAGAAACCUGUUGAGUGUAGUGAAUGUGGGAAAACAUUUCAUGGAGAGAAACUCUAUGAAUUUCAUCAAAAUGGGGAAGCCUUUUCUCAAAAUGAAGAAAGUAUUCAGAAAAUUAGUAUUUUGGAGAAACCCUUUGAAUAUAAUGAAUGCACAGAAGCCUUAGACAAUGAAGCUGUUUUCAUAACUCAUAAGAGAGCUUAUAUGGGGGAGAAGCCCUAUGAUUGGAAUGAUUCUGGAUCAGACUUCAUCCAGAUGUCAAGUUUUAAUGUAUACCAGAGAUCACAGAUGGAAUUGAAGCCCUUUGAAUGCAGUGAGUGUGGAAAAUCCUUCUGUAAAAAGUCAAAAUUCAUUAUACACCAGAGGGCUCACACAGGAGAGAAACCUUACGAAUGUAACGUAUGUGGGAAAUCCUUCAGCCAAAAAGGGACCCUCACUGUACAUCGGAGAUCACACUUAGAGGAGAAGCCCUAUAAAUGCAAUGAGUGUGGAAAAACCUUCUGUCAGAAGUUACACCUCACUCAACACCUGAGGACUCACUCAGGAGAGAAACCGUAUGAAUGUAAUGAAUGUGGGAAAACCUUCUGCCAAAAGACACAUCUCACCUUACACCAGAGAAACCAUUCAGGAGAGAGACCGUAUCCAUGUAAUGAAUGUGGCAAAUCCUUCUCCCGCAAGUCAGCCCUCAGUGACCAUCAGAGAACGCACACGGGAGAGAAACUUUAUAAGUGUAAUGAAUGUGGAAAAUCCUACUACCGAAAAUCCACCCUUAUUACACAUCAGAGAACACACACAGGAGAGAAACCCUAUCAGUGUAGUGAAUGUGGGAAAUUCUUUUCUCGGGUGUCAUACCUCACUAUCCAUUACAGAAGUCAUUUAGAAGAGAAGCCCUAUGAAUGCAAUGAAUGUGGCAAAACCUUCAAUCUAAACUCAGCCUUCAUUAGACAUCGGAAAGUACACACAGAUGAGAAACCUCACGGAUGUAGUGAGUGUGGAAAGUUCUCAUAUCUCACCAACCAUCACACAACUCACUUAGGAGAGAAGCCCUAUGAAUGUAGUGAAUGUGGGAAAACCUUACUUGAAAAUUCAGCCUUCGAUGGGCACCAGUCACUUCCCAAAGGGGAAAAGUCCUAUGAAUGUAACAUAUGCGGGAAAUUGUUUUCUGAGCUGUCAUACUAUACAAUACAUUAUAGAAGUCAUUCAGAAGAGAAGCCCUACGGAUGUAACGAAUGUGGGAAAACCUUCUCCCAUAACUCGUCCCUCUUUAGACAUCAAAGAGUCCACACAGGAGAGAAACCCUACGAGUGUUAUGAAUGUGGGAAGUUCUUCUCUCAGAAGUCUUACCUCACUAUACAUCAUAGAAUUCAUUCAGGAGAGAAGCCCUAUGAAUGUAGUAAGUGCGGGAAAGUUUUCUCUCGGAUGUCAAACCUCACCUCAUACCUCACUGUGCAUUAUAGAACUCAUUCAGGAGAGAAGCCCUAUGAAUGUAAUGAAUGUGGGAAAAAGUUCCACCACAGGUCAGCCUUCAAUAGCCAUCAGAGAAUUCACAGGAGAGGGAAUAUGAACGUACUUGACAUGGGAAUGCUCCUCUGA